ACCAGACAAUGGCAAGAAGAAAAUUGGGAAAUUUUAUCAUUUUUCUGCAAUUUUUUCCCCGGAAAGUGCUGAAAUUUAAUUCGAAUGGAAGAAAGUAUGGUAACCUUCAUCCUAUUGUCGGAGCACUGCAAUACUGCUUUUUGGAUAUUUGGUGGCCUUUUUCGGCAGUGUAAUGUUACAAAAGACAAAAUUGGAGGCGGGGGGUGGUGGUUGUAUCGGAAGGAUAAGAAUGUAACUUUACAUUUCAGCGUGAAAACCAUGCAAUCCAAAACCCUAGAGGCUCUGCCUCCCUACCCUAAAAGCAAAACACCCCAAAGCUCCGCUUCCUUGCCCUAAAAUCAGAACACUCCAGAGGCUUCACUUUCUUCCCCUAAAAUCUUAACCCCAAAAGCUCCACCUCCUUCGUAGAAGCUCCAUCCCCUUAUGGAAUCGUGCCCUAAAACGGAUGAUUAUUACAAAUUGAUUCUUGCAGUGCCAGCUCAUUCCGCUGGUGAUAUGGAACUGCCCAGAAGAAGAAGAAGGAGAUCCUCAGGACAAACAACUGGAGGACCAGAGCCACAACCAGAGCCACCAAGCCCAGCAAGCAUCGUUCAAGACAUCCUUUCGAUUAAUGCUGGAGAGGAUGUUGUUCAAACUAUCCUGGCUCACUUCAGGAACAUCCCCCGGCCUUCUCAAGAAUUCCUGGGAAUUGUCUUGUCAGCAACUGGAUCUGUCUUGAAUCCAGCCAUAUCUACCAGACUACUAACAAAAUCAUUUGAGGGAGCCUUUCCCAUUGACCACCUUGCAGCCCACUUCAUCAUCAAAAGAACUGGCAGGGUUGAACCACGUCAGAGCCAAAAUAUCACAUUUCGAGGCCCUGAUGGCGAGAUGGUUGGUGGCCGUGUCGAGGGUCCCCUCAUUGCUGCCACCGAAAUUCAGCUUCGCGUUGGCAGAUUCCCUCACGAGGCUAAUUGAGGGCGUUCACACCGAUGAGAUAGGAGUUGGCGAUAGUGUGUUUUGGCGAUUUUGCUAAUUCCUAGAUACAUUGUUGCUGUUUGUUUUUGACAUUUUAAUAGAAGUGUGCAAUAUGUGUGCAUGCAGCGUGCAAUAUAUACUUCAAAAUAUUAUUUAAAUUUAAAUUAGAAUACAAUUUUAAAAAUAUUUUCAA